AUGGCGCUCCUUUGCCUAUGCAGAUCAGGUCUUCAGUUUUGGACUUCUAGAUCAAGACUGAAAUCUCGCAGCCAUGUCGUUCGAUCAUUCACCAUCGUCCCCGUCCGAGGUAAUCCUUCACCGACUGACUCCCCCAUUGACCCAAUACUGACCAAAGUCCAGACUGAUCUCGAGAAGACAGAAAGCCCAUCAGACCAACUACCGAUCUAUCGCCAUGAUGGUCGCGCUCUCGGGGUUGCUUUCGACAACAUUACGGUGAAGGGCAACAGUGGGGGUCGACGGACGGUGCAGGAUCUUCCGCAGAUUCUCGUGAAUAUCCUUGCAGCACCACUGCAUUUCACCCGAGCCACGCUCGCUCGCAACACGCGAUCGCCAUGCAACAUCGUUCAGGGGGUAUCCGGUGUCAUCUUUCCCGGGGAGACGAUGUUGGUACUAGGCCGCCCCGGCUCUGGGUGCACGACCAUGCUCAAGGUCAUUGCUAAUAAUCGUGACUCGUUCGAAGCAGUCGAGGGACACGUUCAAUACGGAGGAUGUGAGGCCGACGACAUGACCAAUGAGCUGAAGUCAGAGGUAGUCUACAGCUCCGAGGACGAUGUGCAUUUUCCGACCUUGACAGUGCGCAACACGCUGGACUUUGCUUUGAAGCUUCGCAAGCCCGCCAAUCAUCCUGGAAAGGAUGCCCAGUUUUCCGCCGAGUACAGCAACAGAUUGAUGCAAGCCUUGGGCAUUGCCCAUACAAGAGACACCGUUGUGGGUGACUCGUACAUUCGAGGCAUUUCGGGAGGCGAACGCCGCCGCGUCUCGCUGGCAGAGGCUAUGACGGUGAACUCGACGCUCGUCAGCUGGGAUAACCCCAUCCGGGGCCUGGACAGCUCCUCCGCUCUAGCAUUUCUGCGGCUGCUGAAACGCAUGUCUCGGGCCACCGGCAUGGCGAACGUUGUGACCUUGUACCAAGCGUCGGAAAGUAUGUACCACGAUUGUUUUGACCGUACUUUGGUCAUGUACGACGGACGCAUGAUCUUCUCCGGGAAUGUAGCCGACGCGAAGCAAUAUUUUGUGGACCUGGGAUUCCAUUGCCCAGACCGGCAGACCACUCCGGACUUUCUGACCGCGGUGACCUCACCGGCCGAACGGACCAUACGCCCCGACUACCAGGGCCCCUUAUACCUGGACCCCGACUCCCUCGCGAAGGCGUUCCAGCAGAGUCCCCAUUUCAUCCAGCUGCAGAAGGACUUGAAGCAGUACGCCACCAACGCCCAAGCCAGCAACAAGACGGAAUUUCGGCAGCACGUAAGCGAAGUGCGAUCAAAAUGGGCUCCCAAGCACGCAAUCGAGCCGGCCACUAUCUGGAAGCAGAUUGUCGUGGGCACCGAGCGAUACUACCGCUUAUUCUGGGGCGAUUGGAAGACAUUCCUUACCGUCCUCGCGCUGUGCAGCACCAACGCCGUCAUCGCCGGCUCCGGAUUCUAUGCGGCACCUAAAACCGCAUCUGGUUCUUUUGAGCGGAGCGGAGCUCUCUUUUUCACAGUUGCAUAUUUCUGUCUUAAUGCCUUGACAGAGGUGGUCAAGACCGUCAAUGCACGAUCCAUCUUGCUUAAACAGCAUAAUAUGGGCCUUAUUCAUCCGGUAGCCUAUGCAAUCAUCCAGACUCUUGCCGACAUCCCGUCCGCGCUCAUUCAGACAGUCGUUUUUGCGUGCUGUUACUAUUUUCUGAUCGGACUGAGUGAGACCGCCUCACAGUUCUUUAUCUUUGUUCUUAUCGCCUUUGUACACUACUCUGCUGUAUCGACAAUGUUCCGGAUGCUUGGGGCAUGGUCUCCGAGCUUAAACAUAUCACAUCUACUCGCAGGGUGCGCCCUUCCGGUCUGCUGCCUCUACUCCGGAUACGGUCCCCCGGUCCCAACCAUGCAUCGAUGGGGUUCCUGGAUCCGCCGCGUCUCGCCUACGCCUUAUGCGCUGGAGGCGUUGAUUGGGAAUGAGUUCUACAAUAUUGAGUUGCACUGCACUGACUCCCAGCUCAUCCCUUCCGGUCCUGGAUACAACGAUAUUCGCUAUCAAGCGUGCCCCAUGCAAGGCGCUCAUCCCCACUCACCGUUUGUAGAUGGCGCUGUGUAUGCGCAAGGCAUGUACGCUUACACACGCAGCCAUCUUUGGCGGAAUUUCGGCAUCAUUCUUGUCUUUUGGUUCCUGUACACUGUGCUUGGGGCCGUGGGUCUCCGAGUGAUGACUCGAGACAGUAGCAAUGCCGCCGGUCCGGUGUACAAACGCGAUGCUGAAACCAGGGAUAGUAGUAAGCAGGACUGUCCUCAAGGCAAGGAGGCCACCAGCGCUGGGCCUCCUCCGUCCGUCGACAACCGGGCGGCUUUUACAUUCGAGAAUCUGAGCUACUUUGUGAAUGUGGGGGGCAGAGAGAAGCAACUCCUCGACAACGUCUCUGGCUAUGUUAAACCCGGGCAGCUGACCGCCUUGAUGGGAGCCUCGGGGGCCGGGAAGACAACCCUACUGGAUAAUCUUUCCCAGCGCAAAUCUGACGGUCGGACAACCGGAGAGAUUUGCCUUGGGGGCACGCACCUGAGCCCAUCCUUUGCCCGUUCCUGUGGCUUCUGCAUGCAGCAAGAUAUCCAUGAACCGAAUGCAACUGUUCGGGAGGCUCUUCAAUUCAGUGCUAUGCUCCGCCAGCCUGCGCAUACCCCCCGUGAAAAGAAAUUGGAGUAUGUAGAACAUAUCAUCUCGCUGCUGGAGCUGGAGAAUAUCGCAGAUGCGUUGGUAGGGAGUAGCGGAGACGGCCAGUUGAAUGUGGAGGAAAGGAAGCGGGUUACCAUCGGGGUUGAACUGGCUGCAAAACCUUCUUCACUCCUUUUCCUUGACGAGCCAACGUCCGGCCUGGACAGCCAAGCCGCAUUCUCCAUCGUGGCAUUCCUGCAGAAAAUCGCCGCGGAGGGAGUUCCGGUUGUUUGUACGAUCCAUCAGCCCUCAGGCGUGCUCUUUGAGAUGUUUGAUCAUGUUAUCUUACUUGCCCCUGGUGGACGGACAGUCUACUUUGGCGAGACUGGUGCCCAUGCUUCCAUCAUCUCAAGCUAUUUUGCGAGACACGGCGCCGUGAUGGGUUCCGAAGAAAAUCCGGCCGAGUUCAUUAUCUCAACAGUCACGGCCAAAGGACCCAGCGCCAAGGACUGGCCGCAUCUCUGGAAUAACUCUCCCGAGCGGCAGGCGCUCCGGGAGCGGAUUCAAACCAUCAAGUCGGCAGUGCCUCCUGCUCCGACAGUCGCCGUCGAGGUCACGCCUCGCGAGACUGGAAGUGAACAAUAUGCCUUGUCGAUCAUACCGCAGAUCAUGAUUCUGACCCAGCGACACUGGCGGGCCGUGUGGCGGAAUGGCCAGUACAACUUCAGUCGGCUGUUCAAGUCAAUCUUUUUCGAGAUGUUCGUAUCCUUUACCUUUUUCCACAUCACGAGCAGCAGUGCUGGUCUACAGAACCACAUGCUGGGUAUCCUACUCGCUACCUGGGCGAUUCCCCUCAUUGCAGCCGAUGUGCAGUCCGUAUGGUAUGAGAAGUGGUCUCUCUUCGAAGCCCGCGAGCGGAACGGAAUUUAUGAUUACAAGGCCCUACUGGCCGCAUUGGUCCUGGUUGAGAUCCCCUGGUUCCUUGGCAUGUUCACGCUCAACUUCCUCGUGACGUAUUGGACCUUUGGCUUUGCCAGCACUGCUAGUAUCGCUGGCUUUGUUUAUUUUAUGUUUCUGUUAUUUGGGCUUUUUGGCCUCGGCUUUAUCUACAUGACUGCCGCCUUGUUCCCGAAUGCCACGAUGGCCGGAUAUGCCAUGUCACUGUUUUGGGUCACAUUGUUGAUGUUUUCCGGAGCAGCCAAUCCCCGCAGCGCACUGAACAGUUUCUACCGCCCAUGGCUCUGGUGGGCAGACCCUAUGACGUAUUAUUUCGAGGCCACCGUGUCCACCGUGCUUCAUGGGGUGGAGAGGGUGCACUGCGCCGCCGGCGAGAUGGCUGUGUUUGAUCCUGUCCCCUCCCGCACCUGUGGAGAAUACCUAGCCUCGUAUCUGGCGGCUAAUCCGGGGUACGUGGUCAAUCUGCACGAACGCCAAAACUGUCAGUUCUGCCCGUAUUCCACGGGGGAUGACUACGCACAGUCCACCCUUUCAUUCUACUACGACGAGCGCUGGCGUGAUUGGGCUGUUUUCCUGGGAUUUUGUUUGACGAACCUAGUAGUAACUUUCCUCGCGACUUGGGUCUCCCGGGUAAAGCUCCGACUGUGGAGAAAGUGA